UUAGCAAAAACUUUUUCUAUUCCAUCCACAACCGUUUGAAACAUUUGAAUUACUCGUAUUUCGAAUCACUACCCUCCUGAGGUAAACGCACUCAGUCAAAAUACAGGACAUACAAAAUAAAAACAGCUACCAAACUGACAAGAAUUAAUGCAGUUGGUUCGCUAGAUUACUAUUCACCGGACAAAACCAAAUACCUGGAACAUUACCGAAACAACAAACGAGCUCAUGGAAGUUGGACCUUGAAAGUGCUGCAGUCAACAUGAAGAUUACGUUACUUUGUCAUGUGUUUGAAGACUCGUGCAAUGACCCUAAAUAUAUGUUCUAGUUCAUUAUAAUAAUGGCAUCACCAACGUUGAUACUCGAUAUGGGUGGUGGAUCACUAAAAAUCGGAUUUUCUACAGAUCCUCAUCCUAAAAUUAUUGAUAACUCCAUUUUCAAAUCGAAAACGCUUGGUGGCCGUACAUUCGUUGGAAAUGAAAUUGAACAAUGCAAUAAUUUGUCGAGUUUAUUUUGUGUCAUGCCAUUCAAAAAAGGCUACAUUAACAACUGGGAGGUUCAAUGUCAAAUUUUGGACACAACUCUUAAAAGCAUAGUUAAAACAAACUCUCAAAAUUCCUUAUCCGAUCAUAACCUUAUUGUUACUGAGCCGUAUUUCAACUUUUCAUCGACUAAAGAAGCUAUGAAUGAAAUUUUUUUUGAAGAUUAUCAAGUAGCUGGUUUGAUCCGCACAAAUCCUGCAUUUCUCAGCGCUUACAAAUAUCGAAGUGAAUCAGCUCAACGUCUUUCAAGAUAUUGUAUAGUUAUUGACUCCGGAUACUCAUUUACGCAUAUUGUACCUAUGGCUGAUGGACUUGUUAUGAAAGAUUUUGUUAUACGGCUAACAGUAGGAGGGAAAAUUCUUACAAAUCGUUUGAUUGAGGCUGUAUCCUAUAGACAUUUGGAUGUUCGAAGUGAGAUAUAUAUAAUGAAUCAGUGCAAAGAAGAUGUAUGUUAUGUAUCUACUGACUUUUGGCAAGAUAUGAAGAUUUCUCGAUCAAACCAAAAAUCAAAUAGCAUUUUAAGAGAAUAUGUACUACCAAACUAUGUAGAUGUACACCGUGGAUAUGUUCGUGAUCCAAAUACAGUGGUUUCUGAAAAUAGUAGUAAUGAUAAAUCAGAACAACGGGCUUCCAACCUUUCACAGCAAGGAUAUGUUUUACGUUUGAAUAAUGAGCGAUUUACAGUUCCUGAAUUGAUUUUCCAUCCAUCUGAUGUGGGCUAUCAAGAAAUGGGGCUUACAGAAGCUAUCCAUUACCUGAUGAGUGAACGAUUGCCGGCUGCAGUAAAACCAGGAGCUUGGGCAAAUUUUAUGGUUAUGGGUGGCAACGCAUGUUUUCCAGGAUUUGCAGAAAGAUUAAGAUUCAAUAGAAUUACAAUACACAAAUGAUAUAAUUCUGCUUCGUGAAGACGCUGACAAAAUAUAGAAUCGCUCAAUCACCUUAACCAACAAUACAAACAUGUUUCAGAUGCGAUUCUCUCUCUCGAAAUCCAAAUACUACUUCACAAGUGGCCUGCAUAAGCGCCUGAAUUCUUGAAAGGCAUAGAAGUAGUUGAACUCAUCGACCACGCAACUUAUCUCAUGAAUCUCAUCACUCCUGAUAGUCUGGUGUCUAAUGAAAUCUCCGCACAGAUCCAGGAAGCUCAAUCGGCUCCUUCCAACCCGUGUCUCUUGUGGCGUACAAGAUGUAUCCAUCUCCCAACCAAAGGAAACGUCAUCUGCACAGUAAUUCACCCCGUUCCACUUUACGCGCGUGAAACAUGGACAUUGAGAAUUGACGAUAUUCGUAUGUUACUAGUAUUCAAUCGUAAGUAUUUUCGAAGCAUUGAUCGUGUAUUUUGGAAUCACCGAGUGAGCAACACCUAAAUUGGCAAUAAGGUAUUACAUAAGGAUGACAAAUCAAUCGAUGAGGUAGUAAAUCUCUAUCAACAGAAGUGGUUGGGCACUCGUAGCACACGUCCCAACCAACACUUACAUCGACGAGCGAUGUUGUGUGUCGUUGGGAGUAGACAGAGAUAGAACUAGUAUAAACAUUCAAAUCAAAUCAUCUCAUCAGUCCAUGAAGAAGUCACUGACAGCUGGAUUAUGCCAUAUUAACAGGUGUAGACUACCUUGUUGUGGUCUGUGUAGUUUUCAUAACCAAUGUUUUGAGACCUUGAAUGACAUGGGUCAAAAUGGUUUGCAGUAGCCAAGUUGCAUCCAUCCUCUGUCUUCCCCUGGAUUCUGAGUCUCCGAGUUCGUCAUAAUUCUUUUUAUUUCACUGGUUUACAUUUUCUUCAAUUGUGUAUUCGAUGCCUAAUCUUUUCUGUUAGCACUGGUACUGUUACUACCUUUAGUAUUUUGGGAUUUGUCCUAACAAUUUCAUCUCUUUGUACAUACGUACCAGGUCCUACGUUGUGACUGACUGACUUGCAUUUUCAACGCGAUGUAAACAUGCCACUUCACAUUUACCCCUCGGUUCUUUUGAUGUGCUAAUCUUUCAUCCCAUUCGUCGAGUUGUUGUAAGUGUAUGCAUGUACUGUUUCGUUGAAUCAGUCUUCUCUGUUCUCUACUAAUCAGUAUUCCUCAUAAGACUUGUGUUUGUUUUUCGGAGUAGCCGACGCUAGAAAAGAAAAGCAGUUGUGAAAUGCAGGUACCGAAGCAUAGCUAGUAGCUAAUCAUCUCUUCUCUUAACAUUCCACUAUAGAUGAAAUAUCGAAAAUUUUAUUUUCAAGAAGUUCUUAAAAUGUAUUUGUUGAAUCCUGUGUUGAAUGAUGGUCUCAUACACUACGUAAAGCCUGGCAAAUUUUUACUUUCAAGAGAAUAUGUAAAUUUAGUAUACAGUACUAUCAAACAUGUAUGAUUGAAUUGUUUUAGGAGACUUCGCUGAAGCACGCGGUUAACGGAAUUGUAAUAAUCAAUCUCUACUUUCUGUAAUGAAUGAAUUAUGUUCCUUCUUCGCAUGUCCUCUAUUUUAUUGCUGGUAUUGGAGUUAUCAAUAUUAAUCUAUACAAUGGUUUUAUCUGUUCGUUUUUCACAUAAGGACACGACUUAGUUACUUUUUACCAAUUACCUAAAUCAAGUUUUUUACAGUUCCCAACCAACUCCACACAAUUUAUGUCGUAUAGUGUUAUUAUUUAACAUACAAAGGGUGUGGUUCUAAGUGGUUAAGUAGAUUAAAUCACUUAGCUUUCUACCAUUAGAUCCCAAGUUCUAUUUCCUUUUUUAUCUACUCAACUGUUUAAGUAGUUGGGUAGUUAUUAACUUUUUUUUACAAAAUUUCUACCUGAUAAAUAAGUUACAUCAAGUUCAGAUUUUAAGAUGCGACUCCAUUAUACUAAUUUGUUAUUAUCUUAUUAAUCUGUUUAGUCUAAAUAAUUUCAUGCAUUUCUAUAAUUUGUACAACCUGAUUUUACCAGGUUAAUAUUAAUGUGAAUAAGGUCAAUCAUUCAGAUUGAGGUGUGUUUUUUGUCUGAGAAAUUUUGAUAGUAACAAUAAUCAAAUUGUAAUUUUUUUCCAAAUAAAAAUCAGGACAGACUUUUCAUAAAAUAGUAAUGUGUUUCUAAUUUCAAACUAUGAAAUUAAAUGUUUGUUUCAAGAGUUAAUACUAAUUGUAGAUCUAUUCUAAAUUACACUAAACAAUUAUUCAAAUCUUUCUUACUACUUAAAUUCAGUUCAGAAAAUAAUUAAAAUAUGUAUAUAUAUUUUAUAAAGUUGAAAUCAUGAGUCAAUCGAAGCUAGACCACCAUGGAAAACC